AUGUUUACCGUACUUGUAUUUUUCUCAAUUUUCGGGAAUACCGUGGUUAUGCUCAUUAUACUCAGAAACCGUGGAAUGAGAACCGUGACAAAUUACUUUCUCUUUAAUUUGUCUGCCGGGGAUUUGUUGUCCAUUUUUCAAAUUAUACCAAAUGUGUACUACGCGCUGACCAGAGAUUGGAUAUUUGGGCUUCCUUAUUGCAAACUGUCCCAAUUCUUCACCGCAUUUAACAUUGCCAUUUCUGUGUUUACAUUCAUCGGAAUCACGGCAGACCG